AUUGGCUCUUGUUUCACACGCUGCCASGGGAACAGAACAGGAGAAAAGUCAUGUUGUACGCUCAUAAAAGCUGGGAAAGAUCACUAACAGCCACCCAAAGUGGAUAAAAAUUCCAUCACUCAGUGCUGACUCUUUUUCUYAACAAAGGGAGAAGAUGGAAGAAAUCCAAUAAGGCAAACAAAUAUCAGAGGACUCCUGGAGAAGAACAAAACUGGGAGAAAGUCCAUGAGCUCAAAGCAGAGGCAACGUGAAAAGAGACAUCAAAGGACACAAAGGACAGGGACGCAAGUUUGUUAACAGCGAAGGAAAGCGUGGCCAAGCAUGAGAGAGGAGGAGCUGCGUGAUGAAGGAAGAGUGCUUUCCAGCAAAGACAACAUGGGUAAACCUCCAUCCAAUGCUUGCCCUGUUGUUGUAGCAACGCCAGGUAUCACCAAGCGUAAGCGCCCAACAGGCUUGGAGGACCACCUCACCACCGUCACGCUUACGUCCACAUCAGACAAUGCAAAAGUCCAGCCAGAGGAUGAUAUUCAGAUUUACACACAAACUGGACCCAAAAAGCUCAAAAGGAGCCCCCAGCACGGACCRCCGUGCUCCGGUCUGUCCCUUUCUCCCGUUCCCGGUCAAAGUCCCGUAGGAGUCCCGGCUCUGGAGGAUCCACAUGCACAACGGGCCAUCGCCAACGUCCGCGAGCGCCAGAGGACUCAGUCCCUGAAUGAAGCUUUCGCUUCGCUUCGCAAGAUUAUCCCGACACUUCCAUCAGACAAACUGAGCAAGAUCCAGACCCUUAAACUGGCGUCUCGAUACAUUGACUUUCUCUACCAGGUGCUGCAGAGCAACGAGAUGGACAGUAAACUCGCAGGGUGUAACUUUCUGGCCCAUGAGAGACUGAGUUAUGCCUUCUCUGUGUGGAGGAUGGAAGGGGCCUGGUCAGCCAUGUCUGCUGGUCACUAGCAGGGUCUGAAGGUUCCAACAACUCUGACAGGGAAACAAACUGAACUGAAGCCUUUAAAAGGGUUUGUUGUUGGUGAUGCUUUGUCAAUAUACAAGUCAGAUGUAUCUCUGGAUUCUUGUUGUUCCACUGUUUUUACUUUGUCAAAAGUUGAUUAUAAAUGGUCAUUGUGGAAAUUUACAUUAAAAAGGAGCGAAACUUCAAAGUAUCACAGCUAGAUGAUUAAUGUUUUUAUGUUCAUUCUGUUUACACUCAUCUUGAAAAAGGUYGGAAAAAUGAAAGAUCAUAAACUUGAUGUUUAAAAACUCCUUCUUUGAUGCCUUGCCUCCAAAUGACAGAACUAAUUCUUCUGGACCCUCCAUUUUUUCCUCCCAGGUUCUGGACAGCUUUCUUCUAUCGUCACAUGAUUUCAUCAGCAUCGUCCUCAUUAAAGUUAUGCAAACAACGAGCCAAUUGUAAACUUUGUAUUAAAUAUUUCUACUUUGCUUUAUUUCUACUUUUUAUUUGUAACUAUAAAUGACUACAAGUUUCAAUUUCAAAGAAAGAUUUAAAAGAAAUGCAGAAUACUUUUUAAAAAUGAGAAUAUAUCUUUAGUUUGAAACAUUUCAUUUCCUAAAAGCUCGGAUAAUUCAUGAAUCCAGCCAACGGUGGAAAAUAGCUGUGUGGAGUUGCUCCCUCAUACACAAAUCAAGUUUUUUUUAAGUUAAAAAAAGAAAAAAAAUCUUUUGAAAUGGUCAAAAUUUGCUUGCACUGCACAAAGUUGGGCUGCAGCUCGCUGACGAGGAGGCGUAAUGAAAACAAACUGUCUGUAAAAAGCCAUAAAUCACGUGUGUCAUCAUCAAAGGGGAGACUGAUGUGGCUCCCCGCUGGGCUCUCACGUACCGCUGGGAGUGAUGGAGAAGGUGAGAGCUGAGUUAUGCUCGCAAAGGCAGACCUAAAGCUGUAGCUUUAUGUUUGCAGACAGUCCAAAUGGAAGUCACUAAAUUUAGUUUUUCCUUGUGUUGGAAUUGCAAACUUCACUAAAACAGUUGUUAAAAUAAUUUCCGAAAAUAAACUUUACCUGCAUUUUUUUCAGAGA